AUGACCUCUUCCAGCCCGCGUGCGGGUGCGAGGAGCCGCGCAUGCGCUGUGUGUCUGUGGCGUAGGACCCGGUCAGCUCUCUACUCGCCGCAGGGCGGGGUUUCGUGCUGUCCAAGUGGAUCCGCUGUGGACAUGGCUGCUCACUGCACCGAGACGAUGCUGACCGCCCUGGGGCUGCUCAGUGUCUGUGCGGCCAGCAGCUCCGGGUCCGGGAUUUCGGGAAAGGCGGAUGGGGAGGCAGAAUGGGCGGAGCCGUGGGACGGCGCGGUUUUCCGGCCGCCAGCUGCGCUAGGCGCAGUGGGGGUGGCGCGCGGGCCGGAGUCCCCGCCGCCGGGGAGCAAGGAAACUGCCGACCUACCGGUGCUGCUGUGGUGGAGCCCAGGCCUCUUUCCACACUUCCCGGGCGACUCGGAGCGCAUCGAAUGUUCGCACGGCGCGUGUGUGGCGUCCCGGGACCGACGGUCGCACGCCGACCCACGGACGCGCGCACUGCUUUUCUACGGCACCGACUUCCGCGCAGCCGACGCACCUCUUCCGCGCCUGAGGCACCAGAGCUGGGCGCUACUGCACGAGGAGUCGCCGCUCAACAACUUCCUGCUGAGCCACGGCCCUGGGAUCCGCCUCUUCAACCUUACGGCCACUUUCAGCCGCCACUCGGACUACCCACUGCCGCUGCAAUGGCUGCCCGGGGUCCCCUAUUUGCUCCGGCCUGCGCCUCCGCUCCGGGAACGCACCGAGUGGCGGCGUCGCGGGUACGCGCCGCUGCUCUACUUGCAGUCCCACUGCGAUGUGCCCUCGGACCGGGACCGCUACGUACGCGAGCUCAUGCGCUACAUCCCGGUGGAUUCCUAUGGCAAGUGCCUUCAGAACCGCGAGCUGCCCACCGUGCGGUUACAGGACACAGCCACUGCCACCACCGAGGAUCCAGAACUCUUGGCCUUCUUGUCCCGCUACAAGUUCCAUUUGGCCCUGGAAAAUGCCAUUUGCAGUGACUACAUGACAGAGAAACUGUGGCGCCCCAUGCAUCUGGGUGCUGUGCCUGUGUAUCGUGGCUCACCCUCUGUGAGGGAUUGGAUGCCCAAUAACCACUCCAUCAUCCUAAUUGAUGACUUUGAGUCCCCUCAAAAGCUGGCAGAGUUUAUUGACUUUCUGGACAACAAUGAUGAAGAGUAUUUGAAAUACCUGGCGUACAAGCAACCAGGGGGUAUCACCAACCUGUUUCUCCUGGAUAGCCUGGAGCACAGGAAGUGGGGAGUGAAUGAUCCUUUGUUGCCUAACUACCUCAAUGGCUUUGAGUGUUUUGUGUGUGACCAUGAACUGGCUCGGCUGGAAAAUGAGAAAGCCAGUACAGCCUCUCUUGGGGACGUUCCUGUCCCCGAGCCUCACAUUGCCGAGCCCUCACACAUGAACUGUCCAAUGCCUACCCCUGGCUUUGGCAAAGUCGAAGAGAUUCCUGAGAAUGACAGCUGGAAGGAAAUGUGGCUACAAGAUUAUUGGCAAGGUCUCUAUCAGGGGGAAGCUCUCACUGCUAUGAUCCACAACAAUGAAACACAGAAGAGGAAAUUUUGGGAUUAUGUACAUCAGAUCUUCAUGAAAAGGAAUAAGAAUCUCUAACUGCCCUUGCAAGAGCCUUUAGCGUGGAAGACGUCUGGAGACUUUUACCGUGGCACCAAAGGCCCAUCCACUGUAACCUUUAGUGAAUAUCAUCUACCUUGGUGUCUUCACUGAUUCUCCUGCCCUGUACUGGGGAUGGAACAUGAGGUUUUGAGAAUGCUAGGCAAGUACCCUAGCCCUCUCCACUGUGCCUGAAUGGUAUGGAGCCAGUAUCUCAGUCUUUGGUAGUAGAGCAGCUGAAGCACCCAUUUGACUCCAGUAUGCUUCUCACUUCUAGCCAUUUCAUCAUUUCAAAUAUGGACAGGAUGGGUCAGGCUGUGAUCUAAAACGUCCGUCAUUUAGUACCUUUCUCAAGAGUGUCUGUCCCUCAUCUUGCUUUUCUUACCAGCUGUUUCACUGGUGGAGAGGCAAAACUGGGGCUGUGGGUAGGGGCUAUUCUGUUUUUCCAAAGUUGUUUUUGUUUCUUGUUUUUCUUUUGAGAUAGAUCUCAUUACAUGGUCUAAGCUAGCCGCCAGUUCCUGGACCUCGGCCUCUAAGAAGCUGGGCUGUAGGUGUGCAACACUAUGCCCAGCUCUUCACAUUACUUUAAGAUACUUGCACGGUCUUUAAAAUCAAACAUCAUAAUUUUAAGUGGCUCUUUCUUUCUGACUUUAGACUAUUUCCACAAACACGGGGAAGAUCUACAAGCAUCUCCAUCAUUCUUACUGCUUGGAUUUCUUGUUCGGGGUAUAUUUGGAAUUCCUUCUCUCAUGAACAGAUUAAGUAGCUAACCUGUUGUAGGGCUGGAAAGAUCUAUUCAAUUCAUUGCUCACAUUUUUUUCAGACAGUUUUAUGUUGCUGAGUUUCUGGGUUUUUUGUGGUUCUAGGAAAGCAAGCAGCCUGCUGACUGAGUAGCUGCAACCCUAGUACUGAGAUUUUUUUUUCUUUUAUGAAGCUGGCCCAAUUCAAAGAGACUAAAGAAGGCAAGGGAUUUAAGCCAUCAUAAGUGGCUAGCUAAAUAAAAACUUCAGCUUUCAGCUUGGAGAGAUGGCUCCACCGUUAAGAGCACUGGCUGCUUUUCCAGAGGGCCAGGUGUGAUUCCCAGCACCCACAUAGCAGCUCACAACUGUCUAACACCAGUUCCAGAGGGUUCGAUCCCUCUUUUAGCCUCUGGGCACCAGGUGCAAGCAUGCUACACAGACAUACAUGCAGGCAAAACGCCCAUACAUGUCAGAUGCAGAUCAACUGUCUACUGCUGUAGCUUACCCAGGAGCUGAGUAUUUCCUGGGGUUAUAACAAAAAAUGCCUUGGACCUUAGAGCUAUGCUUAUUGUGUUCCUGCAUUAUCACUAAAGAGAUCUCAUGGUUUAUCAGUACAUGGUUGUAAACUGCAGGUUCCUGUGAAUCCAUAUCUAUACAGAUAGAUACAUAUGAAUGUUAGAUCCUUCGGCAGCCAGGCUUCAUGGUUAACAUUGUUAUAUCUGGCCGGGUGGUGGUGGCGCACGCCUUUAAUCCCAGCAUUCGGGAGGCAGAGGCAGGCAGAUCUCUGUGAGUUCGAGGCCAGCCUGGUCUACAAGAGCUAGUUCCAGGACAGGCUCCAAAAACUACAGAGAAACCCUGUCUCAAAAAACCAAAAAACAAAAACAAAAAAACCAAACCGUUGUGGUUUCUUCUUCUUCUUCUUCUUCUUCUUCUCCUCCUCCUCCUCCUCCUCCUCCUCCUCCUCCUCCUCCUCCUCCUCUUCUUCUUCUUCUUCUUCUUCUUCUUCUUCUUCUUCUUCUUCUUCUUUCUCCUCCUCCUCCUCCUCCUCCUCCUCCUCCUCCUCCUCCUCCUCCUCCUCCUCCUCCUCUUCUUCUUCUUCUUCUUCUUUUUCUUCCUUCUUUGUGUGUGUGUGUGUGUGUGAGAGAGAGAGGGACCCCAAGGCCCUGUGCAUGCUAAGCAUGUGCUCUGGCUCUGAGUUAUACUCCCAGACCUUUAUUUUAUUUAGUUAAAAAUGCCUUCAUAGUAGCAUGAAAAUUUUUAACCUGUUUGGUCUCUUACAGAGAACAAGAGGAAAAGAUGUUUUAAAAAGUAUAUCACAGAUAGGUGAGUUCGUGAGUGCUAGUAAGCCAGGGCUACAAUAUACAAUAGCAAGACUGUGUGUGUGUGUAGAUGGGCAUGGUUGCACACACUUUAAGUUUCAGCAUUUCAGUACUUUGAGAGGCAGAAGCAAGUGGAUCUCUCUGAGUUUGAGACUAUCCUGGUCUAUUUAGUGUUCCAGGCCAGCCAGAGUUAUAUAGUGAGAUCUUGUCAGAGAGAGAGAGAGAGAGAGAGGAUAGAUGGAUGGAUAGAUGGAUAGAUAGAUAGAUAGAUAGAUAGAUAGAUAGAUAGAUAGAUAGAUAGAUAGAUAGAGAUUCCUAUAGCAAAGUAACUUAGACAAGUGCAAUCAAGAUUAGAACUCAAAUAGCAUAUGAGCAACAAGAAAGGUGAGUGAUGGUUGUACAAAGUACAGGACCCGCAGCUCGCAUGAGUACUUUAGCACUUUUUUUGUUGUCUUUCAAGACAGGGUUUCUCUGUUGCUUUGCAGCCUGCCAUGGAACCCACUCAGUAGACCAGGCUGGCCUCAAGCUCACUGAGAUCCACCUGCCUCUGCCUCCCAAGUGCUGGGAUUAAAGGUGUGCGCCACCACUGCCUGGGUUCUUUAGCACUUUAUGCACCAGGUGAGCCUGUUGUUCAUAAAUGGUUGUUGCUGGACAAUCAAGCUUGCUUUUUGCUAAGUGCUGCCCAGACUGUCCUUUAUCCUAUCAUAUUAUAGUCAGAAGACCAGGGUAAAUCAGGUGCUACAUUUCCCAAAGGGAAGAACUGUGAGUGGCCACGUCAUACUUACCAAUGACAAAGCUUUACUUUCCAUAUGGAGAAAGCAAGCAAAAUGAUUUUUUUCCUUUUGGGGGCUCAGCUAUGUGUACAGCACCAAGUAUUUGCUGCAGGUCAUGGGUACUAGUGGUAGAAGUUUCUGAUAGGAGUCUUUUAUUUACCAGAAUAUGGGGUAGAACACAGGCUGAUGGCAAGUGUUACUAUUUUUUAUUAUCAUCUCAAGAUUCAUCUUAUAUAAUAAAUUGCUUUUUACAUAGUGUCUUC